UUCUUUCUCCCUCCAUAGAGAGAAACAGAGAGAAGGGGUCAGUUAAUUUUACUCUUAAAAACUAAAACGAAAAUUCCCCUUUGCAAAUCUUUCAUUUCCCUCCUUUUCCUCUCUCUCUCAGACCGUCUCCUUCCCUUUUCCCUUCCUCUCUGCUACUCGAUCUCCACACUGCAACACAAUUUCUCUUUCAAAGAGAAGACAAAGAAAGGAAGAAAAGUAUCAGCCCGGAUUAUGGACGGCGGUGUUCCGUACAACCCACGUACAGUCGAAGAAAUCUUUCGAGAUUUCAAGGGUCGUCGAGCUGGAAUGAUUAAAGCCCUUACUACCGAUGUGGAGGAGUUUUACCAGCAGUGUGAUCCAGAAAAGGAGAAUCUUUGCCUUUAUGGAUUCCCUAGUGAGCAGUGGGAGGUGAAUUUACCUGCCGAAGAGGUACCUCCGGAGCUUCCAGAGCCCGCAUUGGGUAUUAACUUUGCCAGAGAUGGAAUGCAAGAAAAGGAUUGGUUGUCUUUGGUUGCUGUACACAGUGACUCGUGGUUACUCUCUGUGGCUUUCUAUUUUGGUGCUAGGUUUGGAUUUGAUAAAGCUGAUAGGAAACGGCUUUUCAAUAUGAUAAAUGAUCUUCCAACAGUAUUCGAAGUAGUAACAGGAGCAGCUAAGAAACAGACAAAGGAGAAAUCUUUGGUUUCAAAUCACAGCGGAAGUAAAUCUAAAUCAAACUCUAAGAAAUUGCAGCGAGGUUCUGAGCCUCUGCCCAAAUAUUCAAAGGCAGUGCCAUCAAAGGAUGAGGAUGAUGAUGGACUAGAGGAGGAAGAGGAGGAGCAUGGAGAGACACUAUGUGGGGCUUGCGGAGAGAGUGACGGAGCUGAUGAAUUCUGGAUUUGCUGUGAUAUAUGUGAGAAAUGGUUCCAUGGAAAGUGUGUCAAGAUUACACCAGCAAGGGCAGAGCAUAUUAAGCAGUACAAAUGCCCAUCUUGCAGCAACAAGAGAGCACGGCCUUGAUGAUGACAGGUCGGUGGCCCUUGCCUUGAAUUCUGUCAUCUUGGAGUCUGCUAAUUGUCUCGAAGCUCAUGUACUCAACUCAAGUAUGUUGGUAGUAGAUUAUGUUCUUUAAUCUUAGCAAAUCUUUCUCAGCUUUUUAUUUGUAGGUCGCAAAGCUGUUUAAGUUGUUCUCUGAAAAUCAUUGUUCUUCCUGCCGUAGGAAGGGAGACUUGACUUUUGUUUAAGUUUGAUCUUAUUGUGUUUAUAUGCAUGCAAUUGCGUUUUUCUUUUGGUAUUCAA